CCGUAUAAAAACUCACCGCCAUCACUUUUCACAAGUUUCUUCUCCAGAUUUAGGGUUUUCUCUUCGUUUCGGCUCGGUCCCAGAACCCAAGAUCGCAAGGCUUCAAGAUGCCGUCGCACAAGUCGUUCAUGAUUAAGAAGAAGUUAGCGAAGAAAAUGAGGCAAAACAGGCCUAUUCCUCACUGGAUUCGUCUUCGUACCGACAACACCAUCAGGUACAAUGCUAAGCGUAGGCACUGGCGCAGAACCAAGCUUGGAUUCUAAGAGGUUACUUUUACCUAUUGUGAAAGCUUUGUUCUUUCUUAAAGACAUUGUUUUUUAUUUUGUUUCGUUUUAGUGUUUCAUCAGUUUUGAUUGUUCACAUUUGUGUAAGACAAUCUUUAAUCAGUUAUGUUUUCAAAUUUUCUAUUGAAGAGUACUUAUUGUAGUAACUCUGUGGUUUUCACUAGUUUUAAGAUUUGGAUUUGACUUUUGUUUA